ACCGACCGGCAGUGCCCUCUCCUAUAAAGAACAAUCCGUUGACCAUGGGGAAGAAAUCCAAACGCGUGCGCUCUGGCGCAAAGCUUGAAAGCGACGCGCGUGCAGCUCCAGCCCAAAGACCGGCCUUUGAAGAAGAAGAAACAAAAGACAAUCUGCGUUUCGAAGAUCCCUUUGUAGAAGAAGUCGCCGAAGACGAGGACGGAGAAUGGGAAGACGACGACGAGGAUCGGGACAACCAGAGUCACCAGGGUGGAAUCGAUGACGCGGGAAUAGAAAUUGUGCAAUCCUGGAAUCCGUUGACGGGAGAACCCUUGGAACCUGGCCAAAAGCUAGAAAUGGAUCCGGCUGCCUACAAGAUGCAUCACGCGUUGACCCCAGAGUGGCCGUCUCUGACGUUCGACUUUUUGCGGGACGACCGAGGCGAGGCCCGGACACGCUUUCCACAUUCUUUAUUAGCGGCAGUAGGCACUCAAGCUGACCGACCGGAGAAUAAUCAGCUUACGAUCAUGAAGUUGUCGGAUCUUUCGAGGAUUCAAGUAGAGACGGAGGACGAUAUUUUGGGAGAGGAAUACAACCCCGACAAAGAGGAUUCCGACGAAGAAGAUUCGGAGGAUGAGAUUGAUAUGGACCCUAUUAUGGAACACUACUCGAUCAAACACUACGGGGGUGUAAAUAGAAUUCGUGCCAUGCCGCAACGAUCCGAAAUCGUGGCUACCUGGAGUGAUGCCGGUACCGUCAACCUCUUCAACGUGGAAUCCAUAAUGCAACGAUUCUCGGCGUCCGAAGGAAAGGGGAUGAGUACGGGGAGUAUUCCGACCAAACCUUUCUUCAGCUAUGCUAAACACACAACGGAAGGAUACGCAAUGGAUUGGUCUAGCGUAAACCAAGGCCACAUGGUGACUGGCGAUUGCCAGGGCAGCAUCCAUCUUUGGUCACCACGUCCGGAAGGAGGCUACAGCGUCGUUCCUUCCUACGAAACCAAUACAUCCGACAGGGCUGUUGACGCCACCCCAUCGGUAGAAGACUUGCAGUGGAGCCCCACCGAAGCAACCGUUUUUGCGUCCGCCGAAUGCGGAGGUUAUGUGCGAGUAUUUGACACCAGAGCACCACACAAGGCAAUGCUGAGUCACAAGAUCCACUCGAGUGGAGCCGAUGUUAACGUUUUGUCUUGGAAUAAACUGGUCGGAAACUUACUUGCGACUGGUGGCGAUGACGGCUGCCUUUCCGUCUGGGAUUUGCGUCACUUUGCGGGAGCCGACGUGCAGCCGUUAGCCCGCUUUACACCGCACAAAACGCCGAUUACUUCGGUCGAGUGGCAUCCUACGGAUGAAUCAAUGCUUGCUACUAGCGAUGAUAUGGGAGCCUAUAUAUACGAUCUUUCCGUGGAAGAAGACGACACAGCAGCUGGACUCGACGUACCGCCACAGCUAUUGUUUGUGCACAGCGGUAGCGAACAGUUCAAAGAAGUGCAUUGGCAUCCACAAAUCUCGAGCUGUCUCAUGACCACCGCGCUUUCAGGGUUCUCGGUUUUCAUUCCUUCCAAUCUAUAG